ACCUGCCGCAAAGCACGCUGGGACUUCCUUUCUUUCCGAGGCCAUAUUGGAGCAACAGACCUUUGGCCAGAACGGAGUAAAUCGCAGCUAUGGUGGCCGCCAAGAAGACGAAAAAGUCCCUGGAGUCCAUAAACUCCCGUCUCCAGCUGGUGAUGAAGAGUGGUAAAUACGUUCUGGGAUACAAGCAGUCCCAGAAGAUGAUCCGCCAGGGGAAAGCCAAGCUCGUCAUCCUGGCCAACAACACACCUGCCCUCAGGAAGUCUGAAGUGGAGUACUAUGCCAUGUUGGCCAAGACUGGCGUCCAUCACUACAGUGGGAACAACAUCGAGCUGGGCACGGCCUGUGGAAAGUACUUCAGGGUGUGCACACUGGCUAUCAUCGACCCCGGUGAUUCUGACAUCAUCAGGAGUAUGCCAGACCAGCCACAAGGGGAGAAGUAGACAUUUCACACUCAAUGUUAAAAAAUAAACUGUUUUCUAUGGUC